AUGGAGGUUGAUACCCGAAGGCUGGUCGAUUUAAUUCAGCAGCAGGCAAAUGCGCACUCAAGACCGCGCUUUCUGGUAGCCCUUGCAGGAAUUCCGGGGUCCGGCAAGACGACGGUCGCGCAAGCCCUGGUCCGUGAACUCAACAGCAGCGGCAAUGCAAUGGCGGCGCUUUUAUCUAUGGACGGGUUCCACUUGACACAGGAGGAAUUGCGCCGUUCACCAGACCCGGCGGCAGCUUUUGUCCGUCGCGGAGCGCCAUGGACUUUCGACACUCAGGACGCCAUAAAAGCGCCGGGCUUUGACCACGAAGGAAAGGAUCCCGUUGAGGAUAAGGUCAUCGUGACACCCGAUACCCAAAUCGUCAUCUUCGAGGGGAAUUAUCUUUUACUGGACGAGCCCCAGUGGCGGGGACUAAUAGAUUUGUUCGACUACAGUGUGUUUCUCGACGUGGAUCCGGCGCAGGUACGAGAACAGCUGGCGAAGCGUCAUAUUGAGGCAGGAAUUGAACAAACACUGCAGGAUGCAUUCAAACGCAUUGACAAGAACGACUUUUUAAAUGCGAUCAUUGUCCAAGAGAAUCUGUUAAAACCGGAUCUUGUUAUCCAAUGGUCGGGGAAUAUGGAAGAUGGAACUCAACCUACUAUUGUCGAGAAAAUAAAACCCUGA